CCGCCGGCUGGGUGCCGCUCGCGGGCUGCGCUGCAGGUGGUGGCGGGAGAAGCAGGAAGCGGGCCGGGCCGGGGAGCAGGAUGGCGGCCGGGGACUCGGAGAACAUCCGCUACUGUGCGCGCUUCUCCUACCUCUGCCUCAAGUUCACCCUCAUCACCUACGCCACGCUCUUCUGGUUGAUAGGAGCACUUGUUCUUGCUAUUGGAAUUUAUGCAGAAGUUGAAAGACAGAAGUAUAAAACCCUUGAAAGUGCCUUUCUAGCCCCAGCAAUUAUUUUAAUACUCUUGGGCAUUGUAAUGUUUCUUGUAUCAUUUGUGGGUGUACUGGCUUCUUUAAGAGACAAUAUAUGCCUUCUUCAAGCAUUUAUGUACAUCCUUGGUAUUUGUCUCCUCAUUGAACUGGUCGGUGGAGUUGUGGCACUGAUCUUCAGAAAUAAGACAAUUGACUUUUUAAAUGAUAAUAUCCGAAGAGGAAUUAAGAAUUAUUAUGAUGAUCUGGACUUCAAAAACAUAAUGGAUUUUGUUCAAAAGCAGUUUAAGUGUUGUGGUGGGGAAGAUUUUAAAGACUGGUCACAGAAUAUGUACCAUGAGUGUUCUGCACCAGGGCCGUUAGCCUGUGGAGUGCCUUAUACUUGUUGUAUUACAAAUAAGACAGACAUUAUGAACACUAUGUGUGGAUAUAAAACGAUUGACAGAGAGCAUCUGAGUGUUCGAGACAUUAUAUAUGUCCGAGGAUGCACAAAUGCAGUACUCCUUUGGUUCUUAGACAACUACAGCAUCAUGGCUGGCGUCAUGCUUGGCAUAUUGUUACCCCAGUUCCUUGGAGUGUUGUUAUCUUUACUUUACAUAACUCGCGUAGAGGAUAUCAUUGCUGAAUACAAACUUAGUGAGAAUCUUUUAGAUGAAACACAGCCGAAAUCAGAAACUGAAUUUGCAAGCACAGGUUGCUGUAUGUGUUAUCCUGAGUAAUGUAGCUGCCAUGCAAGACCUCAAGUGCUGUUUAAAAAAACCAAAUCUUGUGUUAUGGCUUGUAUGUAUUUCUGCAGAUCUUAAAGAUCUUGAGUCUAAUUAAUCUGUAAAUCUUCUUGAUUUUUUAAAAAAACAUGUACUUCAAAUCAGAAACUUAACUCUCUCCACCAUGCGCUCUUAACUGCUUUUCCUAUGUAUUUCAGCUUGAGUAUGCUUUGAAUUUUUAAAGGCUCUCUCAGGCUGUGCAUUCUGGGGCAUUUCAUACCCUGGAGAGUGCUAAAUCUCAUGAGAAUUAAAACGUGGGCCAGGUAAUCCAUUGUAUUUUAAAGGAAUGUGGGUUCUGCAAAGGCAGAAGCAUUGCCACCAUAUUAUAGCUUAGUUCAAACAUUUAUUUUGGUGCUUUCCCCAACUCUGCUGCCCCAGGUGGCUGUUUGCCUCUAACACAGGCCCUGUAUCUCCCAUCCUGUCCUCAUUUAUAUCUCUAAGGCAGCAAAUGGCCUCCAAGGCUGACACAGGCCAGCUGUGGAUUCAUAGAUUCUAGGACUGGAAGGGACCUCGAGAGGUCAUCAAGUCCAGUCCCCUGCCCUCAUGGCAGGACCAAAUACUAUCUAGACCAUCCCUGAUAGACAUU